AUUGUUUAUUUACAAACAAGUACCUGCCAAGUUGAACACCAAAACAAAGGAGAAGACGGUGACACAGUUAGAAAGGGGAGAGCAAGCACAUCUGAACUCGAGAAUCAUGAAUAUGAAACUUCCACCCUACUUGCAGCAUAACAUGGAUCAGAUCCAUGAAGAGGCUCCUGGAAUGGGACAAGAUGUAGACUUCUCCGAGUAUGUGUGGAUGGGAGAGGAGCUAGAUGAGUUUGAUAAACAGGUAGAAGAGGAGUUUUGGGAGGAAGCAUUUAUGGAUGCAUGUUUUGAGGAGAUGUUAGCGGAGGAAGAAGCGGAAUGGAUAUAUUUUAACUCCGUAGAGGAAGCUAUGACAGCUUUGUAUAACUACACGAACAGUCUCCAUAAUCAGAAGACUCCUUCAUCUUGUAGUAAGCUGAAUCCUGAUGCCCCAGAGUUUAUUCCACGCUCUCCAAAUUCGACCUUCAAGCACACGUAGCACAUUCUUGAGGAAUAUUUUCUGCAUUAUGCAUGUGGCCAAAGGAACAAUAAGGAAUGAGUUAAUGCUCAAUGUCUUUCAAAAAAAUGCACAAGAAGAAUAUACUCCUUCCAUUCCCAGGUCCACUAUUCAUCCAUUUUGUUAUGUUGACAUUUUAUAUUCAUCCAUACAUCUUCUGAUGUAAUCAGGUAGAUCUCCAGACUUCCAGGUAAAUGUUGUAUAAAAUUAUGUAUCAGAAGGAAUGACUGAGAAACUGUUGUCUAAUCUCUAGGGUUUUUGGAUAAUUGAAUAUUUGAAAUAUUAGAAUAAUCUACAAAUUUCACCAAAAAAAAUGAUUCCUGUAUUUAGUAGAGAUGUAAAGAAUCUCUUAUUGAAGUAUUUGAAAACAAUGUUUUGAUUCAGUAAUUGUCUUGCAAAGAUUCUUGAGCUCACAUCUGUGAGGUUAUAAUUCUUCGCUGAAAUUUGUGUGGAGUUUAAUGCAACUGUAUUUCAGAUAUAUUAUUUGGAAAUUGCAAACAUUAAAGUAUAUCUAUCAACAGGAAUCCCAAUACUAUUGAACUAUAUAAAUGUAGUUUUAAAGGAAAUUCAUGAAAAUCCAGUCUGCAUGAAUGUGAUGCUUGAUAUGUCUGGAACUCUGUCUGAAGAUGUAUGCAAUAUGAGUGCUUUUGGACCUUUUUGUCCUACUGUUAAUAGUGCUGCUAUACUUAGGGUAUAUGAUUAAGUUUGUAAAUUGAAUUUUUGUGCUGAAGAUGAUGGUAUGAAGUAAUACAUGUAUAAAAAUUAAAUCAGUUAAAUGAAUAUUUCAGGAUUUGUGAAAUCAAUAGACUUUGUUCAUGAUUUAUAACUAACAUAUUAGCAAUUGAAAAAGUUGAAAAUGAUUUUUAAGAAAAUCUUCAAUUGACAGGAAAUACAUGUAUUAUGAUUUCAUACUUUCACGAAACCAAGACAGGUGUCUUUGCCCCAGUCUGGGACAUUCCUGAUCAUUGAGAAAACUGUGUGGAUACUUGCAUGUACUGCUUAUUUCAUAGGUAUGAACUAGAACUUGUGUUUAGAAUUUGAUUGUGUAUGUGAAUAAUUGUUUUUAUGUUUUCCAAGAUUAUGUUAGCUGUAUGGGAUAUAUAUGUUGACGAAGUUCCUACAAGCACUGAAAUCCUAUCAAAUUGCUUUGAAAGAAUUCUUCAAAUCCUACAAUCUUAUCAUAAUUCAGUGUUCAUAAAAAUAUUCAAACUAUUGCUUCCUUUGAAUUUAAACAAAAAUCAAAUUCUACAAUCUCAUUAAAAUUCACCAUUCAUACAGAAUAGAGUAUUUGAACAGUUGGAAAGUAAGCUGAAGUUUGUUCAAAUGAAUGAACUUGACAUACUUUCAAAGUCACAGGGGUGAAUGUGUUGAAACUGUUUAUCAACUUCUUUUUCAUUAAUAAAGAGGCCCUGGGUCAUUAUAAUUUUCAGCUCACUAAAAAGAAGAGGUCAUUUGGCCCAAACGUCAAUGUCAAAUUUUUUAAAUUGUUUCUUUUUAACUGAUAAACAAUUUGUUGUGACAGAGAUAAACAAGGAGCAAACUGGCAUAAGGUCAAGGACACUGUCAAAAGUUAAGGUCUAAUUUUCUAUCUUUUCACUGCUGAACAUUUUUGUUCUGACUUCAUGAAACAAAGUUGGUCAGAAUUAAACAAAAAGUCAACUGACCCAAUGCAAGGUCACUGAGUCGAAGGUCAAGGUCAUUUUGGACCUCUUAACAAGUUGACAAUAAAUCUUGCUGUUAUAGGUGUAAGGUUCUUAGGGUUCAGAUGAAAAUCAAGCUAACAAUUGUACUGUAUUUUACACUUCUGUUAGCCCAGCAUAAUUAGGUAUAUGUGAUAUGAUAAUGGGCAGAUGGCUUCUUGAUGGUUAUUGGGGAUAAUACCUAGCAACACGAUAGGACUGUAUUGUGUCCUGUUUCAAGUAAAUAGUAAACCUUUAUUUGCCUUCAAGUCAUAUGUGUGAGAUGUGUUAAAUGUUGGUUGAAUAGCAAUUGGUAUACACAUCAGAACUUUUGUGACCGCAAAGGCCCAUGUGCUUCUUGCUCCAUGUGUGUAGCAUGAAUUAAUGAAAGAUCACCACAGAACAGAAUCCCAACAGUGUUGUUCACUGGUGGUGAUUAUCAGUCCCCUACCAGUGACACCAGGGGAAAUACAGGUUUGUACAUAACCCUACAGUUUGUCAGAGCUCAAGCGGUUUCAUUCCUUGAGGGAUUUAAUCAAUCUUGACACAAUGAUAAAUGACCAUGCUUUCUCGGAUAAGAUUGAGUUUCAGGGUUUUUGGGUCAAGGUUGAGGUCGCUUACUAUUUUUAGUGGGGGUCGGUAGGAAACAUGUACUUGUAGUAGAGUAUUAGCUUGUGGGAAUAUCAAGAGAGAUUUCAAUACCAUUUGUACCACACUCUAGCAAAUUGCAAUACCCCAAAAUUGUGAUAAUCCCACAUAUGUAUGCAUAUCAUGAUAUUUAAAUGCCUUGUAAUACAAGUUGAUUCAUAACAUUAUAUAUUACGGGUCAUCAUACAUGUUAUCGGCAAGCAUAAAUAUCCCAUGUUGAUGAUAUAAAGAGAAAAUGUGUUCUAUGUUUCAUUGUAAAAGCAUUACAGUUCUAUUUGAUUUUUUCAAUGUUGGUGCAAACAUUGCCUUACAAAGGCCUUAUAUAGAUCUUAAUUAAUAAAUACUUUGUUUUUAUUAUGUAAUUUA